AUGGACGCCCAACGGCGGCCGACGCCCUCCCGCACACGCUCGUCUACUGAUCCGAGCCGGCCCGGCGUCUCGAUGACGGAGCCUCAGAGCGUGGGAGCCAGUGUCGCAGGGAAUAGGCCGAGUCAUGUGCGCUCGAAAUCCUUUCUCUCGCCGGCAGACCCGAAGCCUCGAAGCGCAGUGACGCUCCCCGCAGCGAGCGCCCUCGAAAAGACCGCAGAGAAACUCCCACGCAUCCAUCUGCCGGGCUCAUCGCACCGACACAGCCAACGCCACUCCUACUCCCACUCUCGAUCGCCAUUGAACCAACACGAUGAAGCGCCAUCGCACAAGCACCACCGGCCAACACAGAGCGACGUACAGGCACGGCCAAAGCUGACCCAGCGUCAACAAUCGAAAGAGGCAAUGUCCAAUCUACCUCAUCUCGUGGCGGGAUUGAAUGCGGAACGAGAAAAGCGUCUGCAAGGGCCCUCCGCCUCCCGGCCAGGACAACAACCGCAACAACAACCGCAACAGCAGCAGCAGCAGCAGCAACAACAGCAACAAGCCUUUGGCCCUUCCGGGACCACCAGCAAUGACUACAACGAAGGAGGACGCUACGACCCGCAGCAGCGGGCAGCCUCUGACCCAAGCCGGCCUACUCCCCGACCCAAGACGUCGUUCGAAAUGGCCCUCGAGCGUGGCGACGAGUUACGCAUCGCCCGCCGCCUACACGUGAAGAAGGCGGACAUUCUGAAGCGAGACGCGGAGAUCGCAGCGGCGGAGGAAGAAAUGCGCGCACGCGUUGCCAGCAUCACGGCCAAAGGCGUCGAGAUCACCCGCCGGCUGGACUACGGCUACUACAAUCUCCUCGAGACGGUGGGCAGCCUGGUCGCCAUCAUCACCAGCUUCCAAGCCCUCAGCAAGCAGAGCGAGCAGCUCACUGUGAACUUCGACAAGGAAACGCACCGACUUGACGCGGACACGAGGGAGCGAGUCGAGAGAUUCAAGACCGAUUUCGAGACUCGAGACCAGAAAGCCCAGGCCCUCGUCGAGCGCGGCCAAAGAGCCGGCGCCAAGGCCGAGGACCUGAGUGCCCGGCUCGAGAAUGCCCGGCUCAUCGUGCAGAACUGGGAAAAGCGCGAAGACCAGGUCAAGAAGGUCUGGGGCCGCGUGUUUGGCGUCGUUUGGUGGACGUCCAUCACUGUCGUCGUCCUCGUGGUCGCCCUGGUGCUGGGCAGGGAGUGGUGGUUUCGCGGAGACCCCGUCAAAGCCGGCCUGCACGCACACAGCGAAGGCAGUUGGAACCGCUCGCUACGCCUCGGUGGGAAUGGUCCGGACUCCGUUGCGGCGCGAAAUCAGAGGCUUUUACUGGAGCCGGACCCGGAUGGAAAGGAAAGCCCUCCCAAAGUGCCCGAGGAUGUGAGGCGGCUUUUGCUCGAUAUCGUGGAGAAGAACCGCCGCUGCAAGCUCGUGCUUCCUGCUGUGCCGAAAGAGAUUGUUCGCGGGUGCCCCGAGGCCGAGGAGUGCGUGAAGACCGCACACGGAUUGACAGGGUCGACAAAAAGCGGAAAGACAAUGCCGUUCUCCCUUCCUUUCCCAUUGCCGUCUUUCCUCUCGUGGGAUAGGGCCGGGUCUGGUGAUCAAAGGACCGAAGAUCCUAGAUUGAGGAUGCUGGAUGAGUUAUAG